AUGUCUCCCCCAUCUCGCACGACGGAGAAGGAGUCCAACCUGGCGCGCCUGCUGGGCUCUGGCUCUGCUGGUAUCUCUGAGCUCGCUGUCUUCCAUCCUGUCGACACGAUCGCGAAGCGACUCAUGAGCAACGAGACUAAGAUCAGGAAUUCGUCGCAACUAUCCGCCGUCAUCUUCAAGGACAAGGCCGCCGCCCCUAUCGGCCGAAAGUUCGUGUCAUUGUUCCCCGGUCUGGGAUACGCAGCGGGAUACAAGGUCCUCCAGAGGAUAUACAAGUAUGGCGGACAGCCCGUGGCCCGUGACUACCUGACCAAGCACUACGGCUCGGACUUUGAGAACGCCUUUGGCAAGAAGACCGGCAAGGCCAUCCUGCACUCUACCGCAGGAUCUCUCAUCGGCAUCGGCGAGAUCGUCCUCCUGCCCCUCGACGUGCUCAAGAUCAAGCGCCAAACAAACCCCGAGGCCUUCCGUGGCCGAGGCGUGCUGAAGAUUGUCGCGGACGAGGGCUUCGGCCUGUACAGAGGAUGGGGUUGGACGGCGGCGCGCAACGCCCCUGGUAGCUUCGCGCUCUUCGGAGGGUCCGCCUUCGCCAAGGAGUACAUGUUCAAGCUGCAGGACUACAACAAGGCGACGUGGUUCCAAAACUUUGUCGCCUCGAUCGCCGGUGCGACGGCCUCGCUCGUCGUGUCCGCGCCGCUCGAUGUCAUCAAGACGCGCAUUCAGAACAGAAACUUUGAGAACCCCGAGAGCGGGUUCCGGAUCCUUACCAAGAUGGCCAAGAACGAGGGCGUGGGUGCCUUCUUCAAGGGCCUUGUCCCCAAGCUCCUGAUGACUGGGCCCAAGCUUGUGUUCUCUUUCUGGCUUGCCCAGACACUGAUCCCGGCCUUUGACAAGGCGCUUGCCAAAUAG